AUGUGCUUGAAAGCUUUUGAGAUGUUGAAGAGGAACGAAAUUGAAGCUCCCAUCUUAAUUGCUCUUGAUUGGGAAUUACCAUUUGAACUCAUGUGUGAUGCAAGUGACGUAGCAGUGGGCGUAAUGUUCGGACAACGAAAGAAUAAAGUGUUCCACUCGAUCUAUUAUGCAAGCAAGACCCUUGACUCUACACAAGUUAAUUACACAGUGACUGAGAAUGAGAUGCUGGCUCUAGUGUUCGCUUUCGACAAGUUCAGAUCGUAUUUGAUCAAAGAUUGGAAAUGUACUGAAAAUCAGAUAGCGGAACACUUGUCUAGGUUGGAGGAUUUUUCCCAUGUGAAUGUAGGUGAGAAAAUCUGGGAAGAAUUUCCAGUUAAACAAUUGAUGGCAUUAGAUAUCUCUCUAGUGCCAUGGUAUGUAGACAUUGUGAAUUUGAUAGGAAGUGGAGAAUAUCCUCCGGGUGCAACCACCCAACAAAAGAAAAAGCUCAAUUAUGAUGCUAAGUUCUACAUCUGGGAUGAACCGUUCUUGUUCAAACAAGGGUAG